CAGUAGUCUAAGCAUGGCUAGUAGCGUCAUCUUGCUGCGCAGCGGUUGCUUCUAAUCGAAGGAGAUCAGCAAGCUCAUCAGGGGGAAAGUCGAAACAAAUCAAACUGAAGUGAUUCCAGGAGGCAAGCUUUUCCAUCUUAUCUGCAAUCUUGUUCCCAUUCCUGCUUAUCCAUAAACCCCAAAGCUAUCCGACUUGAUUUUAUUUGAAUAUUCGGUUUCGGUUCCAAGAGAGAGAUCGUAUUCGUUUUAUGGAUUGGGGGGGGGGGAAAGAAGAAAAUAGAUGAUGCAGAGACGGAGCCCACCGAAGCAUAGGCACGAUGGGACUUCGCCACUGCCUCUCGGGAUGGAUUGGAGUUUGCCCCCUCGUAAAUGGAUUGGGAGGGAAACUGUUUGGCCACAUGAUCUUCGAACGGGAUGGAGUUACUGUCUCACAAUUCCUUCGUGGGUUGUCCUUCCGAAAUCAAGAGAUUCAGAUCCUGUAGUGUUUUACAGGGUAAAUGUAGGGAUACAAUCACCAGACGGUGUCACAACUUCGCGAGGAGUGUUGAGAAGAUGUAAUGAUUUUUUGAAGCUAUUUAAUAAAUUGAAAAAAAGCAUAUCCCAAGAAAGUUUCCCCCUGCGCCACCCAAGGGCCUGUUGCGUUUGAAAAGCAGGGCCUGUUGGAAGAGGUAGGCAAUAAGUUUUUCCACUUCACUUGUUUUCCUUCUUUCUUUUAUGGCUUUUAAUGAACUAUUUUUGUGCCCUCCUCUUUAUCAUCUAGAAAAUGUGUCACAGUCUAUUGUAGCUCUCAUUUUUCUUCUUU